AUGUACCCGCGAUUUCUGGACCGCAACUAUCCGCUGAAGAAGCAUCUGUUCUUUGUGACCAGAUACUCCUUCGGCCUGCUGGGUCUGAGUUUUGGCCAGAAAAUGUCCUGGUUUCAGUUGGCCUGGUUGGUCUUCAACUUUGUCAACCUGGCCCAUUGCUGUCAGGCGGAGUUUGACUUUGGUUGGAGCCAUCUGCGCACCAGUCCCGUGGAUGCCAUGGAUGCCUUUUGUCCUUUGGCCUGCAGUGCCACUACCCUCUUUAAGCUGGGCUGGAUGUGGUGGCGCCGCCAGGAGCUGACCGGUCUGAUGGACCACAUCCGACAGCUCACCGAGGAGCAGGAGCGAAGAAGGGAUUCUCGAAGGGACAAUGCCCAGAGGAGCUGCUACGUCAUGGCCACCAGAAGUGGUAUGCUGGUGUUUACCCUGGGCAGCAUUACCACUGGAGCCUUUGUCCUUCGAUCCCUUUGGGAGAUGUAUGUGCGUCGGCGACAGGAAUUCAAGUUCGAUAUGCCAUUUCGAAUGCUGUUUCCGGACUUUGCUCAUCGAAUGCCCUGGUUUCCCAUUUUCUACUUGUACUCCACUUGGAGCGGUCAGGUGACAGUCUAUGCCUUUGCCGGCACCGAUGGAUUCUUCUUUGGUUUCACUCUCUAUGUGGCUUUUUUGCUCCAGGCACUCAAAUGGGAUGUCUUGGAUGCCCUGAGAUCGGUUCAAGAUCCUUCAGGAAGAGAGUCCAAGCUUUGCUGUCAACAGCUGGCGGAUAUAGUGGAUCGCCAUAAUGAAAUCGAAAAGAUUGUGGAGCGUUUUUCUGGAAUCAUGGCGGCUCCGACUUUUGUUCAUUUUGUUUCCGCCAGUGUGGUUAUAGCCACCAGUGUGAUUGAUAUACUUCUGUAUUCUGGCUAUAAUAUCAUCCGCUAUGUGGUGUACACCUUUACGGUUUCUUCAGCCAUUUUUCUCUACUGUUAUGGCGGCACCGAAAUGGCUACAGAAAGCCUUUCUCUAGGGGAAGCUGCCUAUUGUAGUGCCUGGUACAAGUGGGAUCGAGAGACCCGUCGUAGGGUUUUCCUCAUUAUUCUCAGGGCCCAGCGACCCAUCACCGUAACAGUGCCAUUUUUUGCACCAUCACUUCCGGUUUUUACCUCGAUUUUAAAGUUUACUGGUUCUAUUGUAGCUUUGGCUAAAACAAUAUUAUAAAUGUUUUAGUUUCUUUCUUGGCUAUGACUAGCCUGAAAGUAUGCAAUUUCAGCUUCUUGUUUAAAAAAAAGGUUUUUUAACUUGUAUUUUAUUAUAGCCAAUUAUCUCAAGGGUCAGGGACUACAUGUGUACAAUAGUAGCCACUGAAAAAGUACCAGAGUUAGCCUUAAGGGGGGCCGGCUAACUUUAUCCCAAGUGCUGCAAUUACUUGGGUAACCAUAAAGUUCUUAAGU